AUUCCCAUAAUUCCACAUUUUUCAUGGUUAAAACCUUGUGUAGCAGCUAAGGACAUUGUCUACAUUGGGCUCAGAGAUGUGGACCCGGGAGAACAUUAUAUCCUGAAGUACCUUGGAAUCAAAGCCUUCUCCAUGACAGAAGUUGAUCGGCUUGGAAUAGCAAAAGUCAUGGAGCAGACAUGCGAUCACAUGUUUUCAAAGGUGAAAAAACCCAUCCACCUCAGUUUUGACAUUGAUGCACUGGACCCAUCAGUGUCACCUGCAACAGGCACACCUGUAGCGGGAGGUCUGACCUACAGAGAGGGGAUCUACAUCACUGAACACAUCUGUCAGACAGGUGAGAACAUCAGGAUAUGUAGAUCUGUAAUUGGAAAGAGAUUUCUAAAACUUCCAGGCUAA